AUGAGGGCUGCUGCUCUAGGUGCUCGUGCGUCUGCUCCCUCAGGUGCUGGUGAGUCUGCUCUCUCAGGUUCUGCGUCGGCUUCGGCCUCCCACACCUUCACCCUUGACUUGGGGGCUUCUCGCUCCUUCUUUCGAGACCGCACCAGACUCACGCCGCUUGGCCGGCCAGUUGCAGUCUCUCUGGCAGACCCCUCUGGGGGUCCUGUCCUUGCUCACUUCUCCACUGUCCUCCCGUGUCCGGCGGCCCCCUCUGGCACCCUGUCUGGUCUUUACCUCCCCUCGUUCUCUACGAACUUGGUGAGUGGUGCUGACCUACAGGAUGCGGGGGUUCACCAGUUCACUCCUGCGAGUCAGCGGGUGACCCACUGCACGGACGCUCGGACAGGCCGACACCUGGCCACGUUUACACGUCGGCCGGGGUCGAGCCUGUACACACUGACCACUGCGUCUCCUCCAGUCACUGCGUCUGGUCAGGUAGCUGCGUCGGGUCAGGUGUUUGCUGCAGCGUCCAGGUCUGGUCCUGAGUCUGCCCCCUGUUCGUGUCGCCUCCUGUCGCACGAGACUCUCCUCUGGCACCACCGCCUUUGUCACCCCUCCCUGCUUCGUCUCCGAGGCAUGGCCUCCCGUGUCCUUGUCUCUGGUCUUCCCCGGUCCCUCCCUCCUCUUCCUCCGGGGCCUGGCCCUACCUGCGUCCCCUGUGUCGAGGGGCGGCAGCGGGCUGCCCCUCACUCCUCCCAGUUUCUUCCGACAGAGGCCCCGCUGCAGACGCUUCACAUGGACGUGUGGGGCCCGGCCUGCGUCCGUGGACAGGGUCACGAGCGCUACUUCCUGCUGGUGGUUGACGACUACUCGCGUUACACCACAGUCUUCCCUUUGCGCAGCAAGGGUGAUGUCACUGAGGUGUUGAUCGACUGGAUCCGCGCAGCUCGUCUCCAGCUCAGGCAGAGCUUCGGCUCGGACUUUCCUGUUCUGCGUCUGCACUCUGACAGAGGUGGAGAGUUCUCCUCUGGCCUUCUGCGAGCCUACUGUCGUGCACGAGGCAUCCGCCAGACCUUCACGCUUCCGGACUCUCCACAGCAAAAUGGGAUUGCUGAGCGCCGCAUUGGCAUGGUCAUGGACGUCGCCCGUACGUCCAUGAUGCAUGCGGCUGCCCCCCAUUUUCUGUGGCCGUUUGCGGUUCGGUACGCGGCGCAUCAGAUCAACCUUCACCCGAGGGUCUCCAUGCCGGAGACCUCCCCAGCUUUGCUGUGGACGGGGAAGGUUGGCGAUGCGUCUGCGUUCCGUGUCUGGGGAUCUCGGGCGUUUGUCCGCGACUUGUCUGCGGACAAGCUGUCCCCUCGUGCUGCUCCUUGCGUCUUCCUUGGCUUCCCCCCUGACGCGCCAGGGUGGCAGUUCUACCACCCCACCUCUCGCCGUGUUCUGUCCUCCCAGGACGUCACGUUUGACGAGUCGGUCCCCUACUACCGCCUCUUCCCCUACCGCACUCCGUCCCUCCCCCCGCCACCGCUCUUCCUUGUGCCAGUCGAGCCUGUCGAGGUUACUGGUGACUCUGGUGCUGCUGAGGGUGCUGAGCCUGGGGGUGCUGUGUCUGGGGGUGCUGAGCGUGUGGGUGCUACGCCUGGGGGUGCUGAGCCUGAGGGUGCUACUACCGGGGGUCCUGAGCCUGGGGGUGCUGAGCCUGGGGGUGCUACUACUGGGGGUGCUGAGCCUGGGGGUGCUGAGCCUGGGGGUGCUGCGCCUGGAGGUGCUGAGCCUGGGGGUGCGGAGCCUGAGGGAGCUGGGCCUGCUCGUGUGGCGUCUGGCGGUGCUGAGCCUGGAGGUUCUCCGGGUGCUUCGUCUUGGCGGGAGCCACUCUCUCCACAGGAGCUGCGCAAGUGGUUUGCCCGGCGCUGGAGGCGUGCUGCUGGAGCUGGAGGUUCUUCGGCUGCUGAGGGUGCUGGUGCCGCGGGUCCCGGAGGUGCUCGUACUGGGAGUACUGGAGCUGCUGGGCCUGCGGGUACGACUGGAGCUGGAGCUGCUGAGGGUGUUGGCGCUGAGGCUACUGCUGUCGGUCCUGGAGGCGGUCCUACUGGGGGUGCUACUGGUGCUGCUGGAGGUACUGGAGCUGGAGGUGCUGCUGGCGCUGGUGCUGCCGCUGGGGGUACUGGUGCUGUCCCUGCUGUGUCUGGAGUCGCCGCGCGGCCUCGGCCGUACUUCGUUCCGCUCCUUCAGCAGGUUCUUGGUCUCCCGCCUUCUACUGGUCCUCCUCCUCCCUUAGAGUGUCCACAGCCUGUCCCGUCACAGUUACAGUUACAGCCGGCCUCCCCACUGCCCGCUCCUUCUCCCUACACUGGUCCUACUGGAGGUCUUACUGAGCGUCGUGAGCCUGCGUCUCGCCCUACGUCGCCUGUCCGUGCUGCUCGCACUAGUGGUCGUGGUUUGCGUCAGCGUCCUCCUCCUGUCCCUGGCACGCACCGGAUGUCUCUGCGUCCGUCCACUGCUCCUCUGCGUGCCCCUUUGCCUUCUCCUCCUGAGUCCUCUCUUCCUGCUCUUCCUGACCCGGAGUCGGACUCCCUUCGUGCUGCCAGUCCGACUGUCACGCGUCUCCUUGCUACUGUUGUCACUGACCCUUCCUUUGAGUCCACUGCUGCGUCUGCCCUAGUUGCUGAGCUCGUCGACUUUGCUGCUCGCUGUCGUCUAGACUACGCUGCUAGUCUUGUUGCUGAGUCUGAGUCUGUCUGUCCUCCGUCCAUCGGGGGUGAGUGUGCCCUUGGCACGGACGUCCUUGAGGACAGGCAGGAGGAGUUCCAGUGUCUGGCUGCUGCUUCACCUCAUCUCGUGUCCGUACUGCUUACCCCUGAGGGAGACCCGGAUGCACUUGACAUCCCGACUCCGCGCUCUUACGCGGAGGCGAUAGAGGGUCCCUACUCCUCUCAGUGGCAGGCAGCUAUGGACGCAGAGAUGGCUUCCUGGAAGUCCACAGGCACCUACGUUGACGAGGUUCCCCCGCCUGGGGCGAACAUCGUUAGUGGCAUGUGGAUUUUCAGGGUGAAGCGGCCGCCGGGUUCUCCACCUGUCUUCAAGGCGCGUUACGUGGCUCGUGGCUUCACUGCACUCUCUUGA